AUGUGUUCCAAUAAGGUCGAUAUCGAUUUUGCAAAGCAUGGAAACGAGAUAGAAUGUUUAAUCGACGACGAUGGCGACGAUCAACUUAUCUCUCAAGCAUAUGAUCAGCUUAUUUCGCAAGCAUUUGUAGAAGAUAAUGAAACUGAUACUUCAGUUUUAACCCAUAAUGAAGACUCUGCCAGCCAUUUAAUCACGCUUGAUGAUUUGCUUGGGCGUUGUUCUACUUCUGCAAAAACAUUAGAAGAACUUGCUUUGGACGCUUUAGGCGAAGCUGAUAGGAAAAAAAAUUACGAUAAUGAUCUGAACGAUUCUUCUACGAUUGCUACAAUUAUUUUAAUGGACAUUUUUGAUGAGGCAUGCAAAAGAGCAAAACAAGUUAAACGCUGGAGAAAAGCUAAUCCUUCUUUAUGGAAAGUUAAUGUCGCGAAGAAAAGACGCGCAGAAGGCUCGGUUUAUCUCAUAAAAAACAAAAUAAGACCUGCAAAAAGACCAAAAGCAAUAGACUGCUCGAAGUGCACGUUCGAAUGCUCAGAUAAAAUCAACGAAGAGGCUAGAAUAUUCAUAUGCAGAAGGUUUUGGAGCUUAGACUACGUUGGACAGAAAAAUUUCCUACUAGCUAACAUGGAAGUCAAAACUACCAAAACGUUAUUGUUAGAAAGAAAACGAACUACUAAAAGAGCUUACUCCACGCAAUGCUUUUUUAAAAUAGAAGAUAAAAUUAAUGUCUGUCAAAAGUUUUUCUGCAAAACUCUUUGCAUUUCCCAAAGUGUGAUACAUAAUGCUAUCAAGAAUAGGGAUCUCAUCGGCCACUUUAAACAAGACAACGAUCCUCGUAGACGUCGUGCGCCAACUAAUAAAACACCCUCUGAAAAAGUAGAAGAAGUUUGUAAUCACAUUAGGUCGUUUCCAUCAAUGGAAAGUCAUUACAUAAGGAAAGAUUCCAAGCGCGUGUACUUAGAUUGUAAACUGUCCAUCGGUAAGAUGUACUCUCUUUAUGUUGAAGAGUGUGAAAAACGUAAUAGCAAACCUGUGUCUGAGAUAACAUAUCGACGAAUUUUCGGAAACGAUUUCAACUUAGGAUUCUUUAAACCAAAAAAAGACCAAUGUCUGAUAUGCACUAAGUAUGCUCGUGGAGAUGCAAAUAGUAAUCCAAAUCUGGAAGUGGAAUAUCGAGAGCACAUGGCUAGAAAAGAAGCUUGUAACAAUGAAAAAGCUAAAGAUAAAGAAAGAGCUAAUAUGCUAAGAGAGUUUGUGUCAGUAUCAUUCGAUUUACAAGCAAUUCUGCAGAUUCCUAGUGGUGACAUUGGUCUUUUAUAUUAUACAAGAAAAUUGACAGUGUAUAAUUUAACAAUUUAUGAAAGUGCUUUACCUAACAAUGCUCAUUGCUUCACAUGGUCCGAAAUUAAUGGGAAAAAGGGAAGUUGUGAGAUAGGGACGAUCUUGUACAACUAUUUAUCGGAAUGCAUACCGAAUUAUGUAACUGAAGUGAGCAUGUUCUCGGACACGUGUGGCGGACAAAAUCGCAAUAAAAACGUGGCAGCAAUUUUACUAUGGGCAGUACAAAAAAUACCAAAUUUAAAUAUUAUUGAACAAAAGUUCUUAGAAAGCGGACAUUCGUAUAUGGAGGCAGAUUCGAUGCAUAGCAGCAUCGAAGCGUCACAGAAAAAUACAGCAAUCUAUUCUAUGUUGGAUUAG